CAUCCCAUCCCAUCCCAUCCCAUCCCAUAUGAGCACGUUUGGGGUCUUUAACUCAUUUUUCUGCUGUUUUUUUUUUAAAAGCUUUAGCAAGUUUCUUGGCAACCCUUGGAACUAACCCUGGACUCUGCUGGUUUAAGCAGCAGUCUGUCAUCCAACUCAGUCUCCAGAGAUCUCUAUAGAUGCCCAGUAUGUGAUGCCUGUCUCUCCCUGCCCUAUGCUUCCCUCUUGAUACUUGCAUAUGAACAGUGACCCAAACCUGUGUGCUCAGGGAUAUGCUGCUGGCUGGGGAGCUGAGCUACUCUCUCUGAUUUUAGGAGUGCAACCAGGAUCUCUGUUUUCAGUGCUGAUUAUUUACCAACCAUGGAAGAACUUUGCAUCCUCCAGGGCUUGCAUUUAAGCAACCACCGAAUGAAACAUGUGGUGCAUGGCCUACAGCCUAUUUUUCCUCUUGCUAUGCUAAAAAGCCACUCACAUCUCCAAGGAGGCUAAAUACAGACAGUGGUGAAAUCACCUCUGCACAUGGCAUGGCAUGGCAUGGUAUGGAAUGAGAUGGAAUGGCAUGGGAUGCCUGCCCUAUUUUUGCAGGCUUAUUGGGGUGGGGAAUCUUGUGCUAUGCAUCCACACAGGAAUUGUAAUUAGAGGUUACAACACACAUCAUCUUUCCAACCUGUUAUUUAUAAGAUUGCUAAAUCCCUGGUGAUCACAUUGAACAAAGCUUUAUAAAGUGAGGUUCGUUCCUUCCUCUUGGCCUCGGCAGCUUCAGGGCAACAUGACAAUGUCAGCUAAAGCCACAGGUAUAUUCCUCCUGCUUCUUGUUCUCCUGGCAGUACCGCAGGCUGCUCCAGAGUCAGACACUGUCACGUGUCGGAAGAUGAAGGGCGAGUGUUCAUUCUUGCUGUGUCCUCUCUUCAAGAGAUCCAGAGGUACCUGCUACAAUGGACUGGCAAAGUGCUGCAGACCCUUUUGGAUCCAUGGUCGGCAUUGAGCUGGUAGCCUUGGUAGUAUCAUUAGCAGCGACAGCAGUACUGUAGCAUCAUCUUUCCCUACGUUGCCAUUCUGUUGUUUGGGGUGCUGCUGGACGCUGAAAUCUUCUGUUCUCUUGCAGGCUCUGAACAAUUGCUCAGCCCUACAAAGCAGAAGUGAUUUGUGCUCUUUUUUCUCUUCUGUAACAUGUAUUCAAAGAGCCAACUCUGCAAAUUCUUUGAUUGGUGUCAAUAUCUAAUAAAGCACGGGUAAUAACACAAGACUUUUUAAACCAUUAAUCAGCGAGGUGCGUUUUGAUCCCUCUGGUUUCUG